AUUUACGUCAAGCCAGACUCGCACUCUUGAGGCUGCGGCCUCGAUGUAUGGCUCAAAGAAGCCCUCGCUAGAAGGUGUCCCAUCUCUCAGAUGCCUUUCGAGCCAGUUCACACGAGGGACGUGGGACCAAAGUGGCGCCCAGCUCUGGAUCUGACAGCAGGUGCCAGGAGCGUGAGCCGCAUCAGCUCCUGGCAGCAGGGCCUCCACCGACUCGAGGAUCUCGCUGUCCAAGGGAUCAGGCGGGAUGUGCGCAGCUACAGCGCAGUGAGCGCCAAAGCAGGCUGGGCCUUGGGCACGAGGCUGCUGGAGGCGCUUGUUUAUGGGCUGCUGCGUGUGGACGCCAUCGCCUGCUCUGUGGCGAUCACCUCCUGCGCCCGCGCGGCACAGUGGCGCCGCGCCGUCGGCGCCGUCGGCCUCAGCGCGCGCGGGGCCGCGCGGCCGGACACCGCGGUGUACAACGCCGCGAUGAGCGGCUGCGGCAGCACGCGGAGGUGGCGCCACGCCUUGGCCUUGCUGGAAGCAGCGAAAAUUGUGACUGGAUACAAUGCCAUCACCUGCAACACCGCUAUUUCGGCUUGCGAGAAAGCUGGCCAGCCGCAGGCAUCCAUGUUGCUUCUCGCCGAGGCUCGACGCACCCGUUUGGCGGACGUCAUCACUUACAAUGCUGCCAUGAGCGCGUGUGAGGGAUGCAGCUUGUGGCAAACGGCCCUAGUGAUAUUUGACGGCUUGGGCGAAGACGCCGUGGAACCGGACGUGAUCAGCUUCAACACCACCAUCAGCAGCUGCGGCCUUGCAAAGGAGUGGGAAAGAGCUUUGUCACUGAUCCAGCACACCCACACGCGGGUGAAUGCGGUCACCUAUGGCGCAGCGGUCAAUGCUUGUGAAAAGGCCACAGAGUGGGCCUUGUCUGUGAAUCUGCUGAUCCUCGUUCAGCGAGAUCAGGUAAAAGUGGACCUCUUGACCUGUGGUGCUGCCAUCAGUGCAUGUGCAGAAAGUGCCUUUCUGUGGCAUCAGUCUUCUUUCUUUCCCAGCCUUUCUCUGCAGAGGGAUACUCUGGAAAUGGCCACGGCACCCCAACAAGCUCCUUCUUUUUUGCACCCCUCGGGUUCCAUGUCGUGGGGACCUUUUUGCGAGGGGGUCUUUGGACUCGUGCCGGCGGCUUGCUGCGGGAGAUCACCGCGCAUGGCCUCGAGGCGGACCUGAUUGCUUGCAAUGCUGCCCUCAGCGCACUCUCAACGCAGCUGAGGUCAACCUUUGGCAACUUCUGAAUCAGUUUUCCCCAGUUUGAACCCCCUGAAACGGUGUUCGGGAGUGUUUUCAUCCAAGGCAGUGGCGGCGAGCUGGGGCCAUGUUUGGCCAGCUGAGCCGACCGAAUCUCGUGACCUUCAAUGCUUGCUUUAGCGCCUGUGAAGCCGCCCAGUGGCGGCACGUCCUGGAGCUGCUCCGCGAAAUGGCCUUGGAACGCCUGCGGGGCGACUUUGUCACAUUCAGCUCGGCGGUCAGCGCAUGCUGGAGGUCAAGUA